UCUGGUCAGGUUGGGGAUACUUCAUCUUUCAUCUCCCAGACAGCAUCUGCUAUAUCAAAAUCAAAAGAAUAAGACUGAGAGCGUUUCGCACCGGCACCUCCAAUCACUCAAUCCUCUCUCUGGCGGAGGACGUGGGAUGUUUUAGAUGGAAAAAGGCUGCUUGUAAUGCGCAGGGGUUUCACCGUCUUGCGUUCCGGCUGCAGUUCCCCUGGCCAACACUCUGACAGGCGCUGGGCGAGAGAUUUAGGGAUGCUCAUAGCAGGCUAAUAACACAUCAUAAACAACUGGCCCAUAUCAACUUCCAUAUCGGAACGAUUCCUCGCUCUCGUCGCGGACUCAAGUUCACUAAAGCAGAUUUAAUUUGCAUUUGACGUGCCGAGAAGGAGAAGACCGCUUGAAAAGCCAGUAUGAAUUUCCUGAUGAAGGCAGCAUUGGGAGGAGGCCCCCCUGAUGUGGGUAAAAUGAUGGGGGGAGAGGAAGAUAAAGACCCUGAAGCAGAAAAAGAGAAGGAAGAGGCGAGACAGGAAGCUCUCAAACAGGAGGAGGAUGAGAGGAAGGCUAAACAUGCCAAGAUGGAAGCAGAGCGGGAAGUCAUAAGACAGGGCAUCAGAGACAAGUAUGGCAUUAAGAAACGAGAGGAGGCAGAAGCCGAGGCACAGGCAGCCAUGGAGCAAGCCAGCGAAGGCAGUCUGACUCGUCCAAAGAAAGCGGUACCAUCUGGCUGUGGAGAUGACGAUGAAGAGGAAAACAUCAUGGACACAAUGAUGAAGUAUCUACCAGGCCCACUGCAGGACAUGCUGAAGAAAUAGUAGAAUAAUCUCGAGCACAUGUAGAUUUAGAUAUUAUCGUAAUGUGUUCUGACUUUGGCCAGGAGAGAGCACACUACAGCAAAAUACAGGACACUUACACCAUUCACCUGACACACAUUUUGAUUUGUGAAGAGCUAUAACUAUUAGUGACAGAUCAAUCAAGCCAGAGGGGUUAAUUAUCAGAAUAUAAGCCAUAUUUGAUCUUAAAAGGGAAACCUGAAUCACAACAUCUCUUCUCUGGUUAUUUCUUAUCUAAUACCUAAACAGCAAUAUAUAUGCAUGAAUUUUUCGAGUGUCUAUUCCACUCUUUUGUAUAAUUAGUCUAUAAGAUUUCUAUGUACAUCUACAUUUGUGGUGGAAAAAAGUACUGUUACCAUUGUUAAAGACAUUCUUGUCUUGCAUGUGUCUAUAGUGUGUGUGCUCACUGCCAUUCUGUUUUGAGAUUGUACUCCGAUAAAAAAGGCAAUAACAUUUUCCCACACUGUAAGCUAACUGACAAUUACCUUUGUGCAUUUAUUACACAGUUAGUUCAUUCUGGUGGUUAUCCUGGUCACACUUCAUGCAAUAUUGUAGUGUCGACCUGAAACAUUAAAUUUAUGGAAAAUUAGUUCCACAGGGAUGCAGGCACUCCAUGUGUUUUGGACUGUAAUUUCUCUGGUCUAGAGUUACAGGGGAAUUUUGUCUGUGAUCUACAACAUUCUCAGCAAUAAUAACAUAUUUUGUUUGCUUGGCUUGCAGUUAAACAAGAAAUAAAAUUGUAUGAAAUGGGAUAUUUGAGAAUAUACGGCACUGUAAUAAACCGGUCACACAUAUGUAAUAUUUGUGUUUAAUUGUGGAA